CUAGAUUCCCUCUCCUCACCAUAUGGAGGCACACUCCGCCGCCGCCGCAUCGCCGGAGAAUCCAAAAAUCGGCACGGUGCGCCGCCUCUACGAGGCGCUAGCAGCCGGGAACAGGAGGAUCUCGGGCCUCAUAGCGAGCGACCUAGAGUGGUGGUUCCACGGCCCGCAGAACUGCCACUACAUGAUGAAGACGCUCACCGGGAAAUUCUCCGCGGCCGAUUUCAAGUUCGAGCCGCGGAGCAUCGACGCGGUCGACGACGAGUGCGUCAUCGGGGAGGGGUGGGAGGGGGAUCAGGUGUACUGGGUGCACGUGUGGACCCUCCAAAACGGCGUGAUCACGCAGUUUAGAGAGUAUUUCAACACUUGGCUCACCGUCAAGGAUUUGAGGCGGCCGCUUGUUAGGUGUAUGAGCGGCGCCGCUACUCUGUGGCGGAGCAACCCUCAGGACUUGGCGAAACGGUCGUUGCCGGAGCUGAUGCUUGCCAUUUGAGUCGUUGUUUUUUGUAAACAUAAUGCAAUUUGUGUUUGUUUUUGCAAGUCUUUAAUUGCAAUAUUAAAUCUCAAAUAAGAGUAAAAUAGAAGAGAAUAAA